UCUUUUAUAUUGUAGUCCUAUUUUAUGUUCAUACUAAUUUAUGGGUCACAAAUGCGAGUGAUAAAAUGAUACAAUUGAAAAAAUAAGCAUAAAAAAGUAUUCAUACUAGGCUGUUUUAGAAGCAAGAUUUUCGAUCUGCGUCUGUCGGAAGUUUGCGCUUUCCGGAAGCGUGCGCAAGUAUUGGGUGAUCGGUUGGUUGCAGUGCGUGCUUCGCCCAAAAAGAUUUAGAUUUUUAUGCUUUUUACAUCCAGCGUACACGAAUCUUCCUACACAAUCUGAAGUAUGCCGGGUGUUAGCAACCCGUUCGAGCAGCACCGGAAGCUGUUCAUCGGUGGUCUGGACUACCGGACAACGGACGAUGGCCUCAAGGCCUUCUACGAGCAAUGGGGCGAAAUCGUGGACGUUAUCGUGAUGAAGGACCCGAAGACCAAACGGUCGCGCGGCUUUGGGUUCGUCACGUACACCAAGCCCGGGAUGGUGGAUGACGCGAUGGCCAACCGGCCGCACGUGAUCGACGGCCGGGAGGUGGAGGCCAAGCGGGCCAUCCCGCGCGACGACUCGGGCCGAAUGGAGAACAACGUCACCGUCAAGAAAAUCUUCAUCGGCGGCAUCAAGGACGAGGUGCAGGAGAGCGACCUGCAGGCCUACUUCGGGAGUUUUGGCGAUAUCGUUUCCGUGAACAUGCCCAUUGACAAGAAUACCGGCAAGAUGCGCGGCUUUGCCUUCAUCGAGUUCCAGGACUACGACUCGGUCGACAAGAUCGUAUUGCAAAAGGGCCACGAGGUCUGUGGCAAGUCUGUGGACGUGAAGAAGGCUCUCAGCAAGGCCGAGAUGGCGGAGCUAGGCAGCGGCGGCCGCGGUGGUCGCGGCGGCGGCGGAUUCCGGGGCGGCCGCGGCGGCGGCGGCUGGGGCGAGGGCGGCCGCGGCGGCGGUCGCGGUGGCGGCGGCUGGGGCCAGAGCGGGCCGUGGGACAGCCCCGGCGGCCAGUGGGGCGGCGGCUACGGCCAGGGCGGCGGCGGAUACGGCGGCGGCGGCUACGGAGGUGGCGGCGGCUACGGCGGUGGUGGCUACGGCGGCGGCGGCGGCUUCGAUAACUACGGCGGCGGCGGCGGCGGCUGGGGCGGCCAGGGCGGCGGCGGAUACGGCGGUGGCCAGGGCGGCGGAUACGGCGGUGGCCAGGGCGGCGGAUACGGGGGCGGCCAGGGCGGCGGAUACGGGGGCGGCUACGGCGGUGGCCAGGGCGGCGGUCCGAUGAAGGGCGGCUACGGCCAGACGGCCCGCUCGGCGCCCUACAGCUCCGGCCAGCGCGGCGGAUACGGCGGAGGCGGCGGCGGCUACAACCGGUACUGAGCGGCUGCCGGGCCGGCUCGAGUCGUCUCGCCCUCCACUCUCCCUCCGGCCGUCCGGUCAGCAUCGCUCCGGGUCUGACAGCCGGGGGCAGGGCAGUUACUAGUGGGAGGGGUUUUACGCUCACCACGGCGCCCGUUGGGCCGGCCGCCAGCCAUCAGGUCCAUUUUCAGCCGCGGCCAUCGGCCUACGUCCGACCCCGGCAUAAUGUCUCAUCAUCUAUCAUUCAUUAAGUGAUUGGCUGCUUAUUGUGGUGUCCGUUUUUAGAGGCGGGUUUGACCGAUGAUAACAUUGUCUGGUACGUCAGUGUGCGGCGUCUGAGCCGUUUGGAGGCGGCGGCCGACUAGCCGGCCGCCGGUAGGUCCCGAGCCCCCGAGAGGUCCCACGAGCUGCCGUGGCAGGCCCGGGAGCCGACAGCGGCCGCCCGCCCCCCUCCCGCCCGUGCGCUGUAACCAGUACGCAGACAGUGACAGAUAAUACAUGGCGCUGACCCAGCUGUGAUAUCACUGUGUAGGGUGUCUCUUCUAAGCAGGCUCUGGGGCGGGCCGUCCCCACUCAGCCAGGCAGGGCGCGGCACAGCGCCGGCCACUCACAGGCUAAUCUGACAGGCUAGUUUGUGUCUCGGCCGAGUAGCGGUGCAGCGCGCGGCCGCCUCUGGCGCGCGCCGGCCGCGGCAGGGUAGGCAGACAGACGACAGGAUCAGCUAGACCGUGUAGGAGGCGUCAGUCGCCGGCUCUGAGACGGUUCGAUAGGAGGUAGGCGAGGCAGGCAGCCGAAGGGCUGGCCACCGACAGGGUAAGGCUACUGGGCUCUGUUGUAUGUAGUUCUGCAGGUACUUUUCUUUUCAGAUCAGUAUUUGUGAUCACAUUGAGAUUAAUAUGAGUUUCCAUGAGCAUUUUUAAGUCAAACGUUUAAAAAGAUAAUGAGGGUUAUUUUGCGUAGACGCUGUUUUCCAUUUGAUCUAUCUUUCUUUGUUGUUCUCACAUGUAGUAAUUUGGUUUAUUAGUUAAUAUGGUUGCCGCAAUUAUUGAACCUACUGUUAACCUUAAAAUUCAAUUUGUAAAAUAUUGUUUGUUUUCAUCACAACCAGUGGUCACAAUGACUCAAUGUAUCUAUCACGUAAUGAUAAUUAGUGUAAUAGUCUUACAUCGGUUAUCUGUUUCCUUAAUCAUCGAUUCAUUGAGUAAAUAUAGCUUAUAAAGUUUAUGGUUUAAUAUUAGCUUUAUUCACUUUCGGUCAAAGAUUAACACUGCUCUGAAUCUUCCGCGCCCUAUUCUAACCGGCUCUAUUUUACAGGUUUGGUGUGCGGCCUGCGUCCCGGCUUCCCAGUACAAAGCCAGUUACUGGCCAGCAAGUGAUAACGAUGUAACCGACUGUGAUACGAAACGGUGCAAUACAUGUAUUGUUUUUA